AUGAUGCUGCUGCACAUGAACGCGGACUACCAUCAUGUGCUGGACAACUGCGAGGAAGCCUGGGUUGCGUGGACAAGUCUGAAGACGCUGUACGGUGGAUCGCAGAAGGCAGGACGCACCUUUCUCAAGCGGCAACUUUUCAGCACCAAGAUGGAUGAUGGCGCGAACGUCAUGCACCACUGCAACGAGGUCAUCAACGUCUCCGCUAAGCUUAGCGGCAUCGGUGCGAAGAUGGAAGAAGAAGACGUUGCAAUCUGUCUGCUGCUUAGUCUUUUAAAGAGCUAG